AUGACUGACCGACCCGUUCGCACCAACGCUAACCAUAAUCCAGGAAAAGUGAUAUUGGAUGCGACGCAAAAACGGCGAACGACAAGUCAAAAGCAGGCCGACGAAGCCCUUGCCGCGAAAGCGAAGUCCACACAAGCAAAGACAUCACUGAAGGAACACCAGCGGAAGAUCAAGACAAUCGCCACAGCUGAAGAUAACCUUCGUCAGGAAGACAAGGAAUACGGGACUAGUCAAUUGGAAACACUUACCAUCGCAGAGCAGAUGAAAUCUGGGAAGGCCAAGCAGAAGGCAAUCGAAGCCGAGAUUGAUGAGGACAUAGCCAGCAACUCGGGCAGCGACUAUGAAGCCAGUCGCACAGGAUCAGAUCUGAGCGAUCUGAGCGACUCAGACGGUGAUGAUAGAGCACUGGAAAUAGAUGAUGACGAGUUAGAGGAACAGGUGAAUAAGAAACGGAAAAGUCAAAACUCACACAAGGCCAAGCAGCGUCGUGGUAUGAGGGAGGAUAUUGGCGCAGCUCGUACGAUUCCUGCCGAAGCAGGAGCGAAGUUUAAAAAACGAAAAGAAGCAGACCAAUCUGAAGAUAUUGAAGCAGAGGUUAUGACCACGGCAAAGAGAAAGAAACACAAUCAGGCCACAAAUCUCCAACGCGAUUGGAAGAAGAAGAUUGGAAAAGACCACCGCAAAGGCAGCUGGGCGAACCAGUCAGAGCCACACUUGAUUCCAAGUGCGAUCGGCCAGAACUCACGGUCGUCUUCGCGAUCAUCAUGGUCUGGCAUGACAGCCACUGGCACCUCUUCGGGGGAUGAGUUGGGAGGUGGUGAGUUCGACAAUGAUGAACCAGCGCAAAGUCUGCAGGCAGCGCGAAGGAGUAAAGACAAUAACCCUAAAGUAGGGAAUGUGGGCAGUCAGCGAACCACGGCUACAAUGGGAUUGCGUGUUUCGAAGGUGGAAGUAAACGACGCUGUGCAAGAAGCCAAACAAUCGAAGAAGUCCCUCAGAGAGCGAUCUAAAUCCGACCUGCCGUUUAAGGGUGAGAACGCCAAACAAUGGGAUCAAUUGAUCCGCGCGCUGUUGGAUUGGGCUGGCACAACCAAUGACCCAUUUGGAACAAACGAACAUCCAGACUUGAUGGAACGACUUCAAGAACUUUGGAACGAAUAUUUUGAAGACAUCAAGAUUGAUAUUGCUGACCAUCCCGCAGUGAAGAAAAAGGCCACUGAUAGACUCAAUGAAUGGCGAAGCGAGUUUGGAAAGAGGGCCUUGAAGCUCCUGAAGAGGUCUUUUGUUCAAAAUCCGAUCUACAGAAACGACCCUGAUGCUCGUGCUGAACUCAUUGCGGCACGCCUGCCCCAUACGCGAGAUGGAAAGAAAGUCAUUCCUUUCAUUUACGGAGACCCAGAGAAGCUUCUCCGUUCUUGGGAAGAUGCCACCCUCCUCGACAUAUUCUCAUACCAUGUUCAGCGAGUCGGAGAUGCCCUGAAAUCGAACGGACCACCGUCUGGUGCACUCGCCCUCAGCACUGCAGCUUACAAACGUGCCCUCACGCUCUACAAAAGUGGGGAAAAUGCCAAGGAGCUCGAAGGCGAAGAUGGCGAGCCCAACUCAUCCAAGCGGUCCAAGAAGCACGAAUUCGACACUUACUGGGGUGCUGUGGCACGAGGAUAUACAGCAUCAACGAGCUCAAUUCCAGCUGGAAAAUGGAUGCGCAUCAUCUCGUAUGCGAACUCGGGGCAACGGACCAAUAGCAGACAGGCUUCGACACUCGACGUUGUUGAUGAUGUCAUGGAAGCUCGUGCAAAUAUCCCGAUCUCGGAUGACGAGGAUGAGGACAACGAGGAGAGGGUAGCGUGA